GUCUUCUGUCAGUAUUAUGCAUUAUCGACAGUAAACAAGUUUGCCCGUCCCUAGCGAAGGCUGUGCGCAGGCGCAGUGUUUGUAUACACCUCGAACGGGCCGCGUGCUAUGUCGUGACUCGUGACAUGGCGAACCAAACAGACAAAGAGAGGAGGAGCAUAUGCGGCCUCCAGGACAUGCUCACCGACUUCGACGACUGGCUGUGCAGAUAUAGGCAGUAUUGCGUCAGGUCUUCUGAAGUAUCAGCGAGCACAGACGACACGAGAACACAACCCAGGCUAUACCUCAACAGCUUGUUAGUGAAAGGUUACAUCCACGACAAGCUGCACCGAGACUCCCACACAAGCUGCACCAGCUCCAGACAUCCCAGGAACGAUUUAGGCUCAAUUAUAUUAUUUAAUUAUUUAGAAGAUAAGUUUUAUAAUUAUACGAGAUCGAAGCUUUUGUUUUGGCCUUAG